CUCUUAAAACUCUCCAAUGGCGACCCAAUUGGUUGCACCAACCUCAUCACAAACCGAAAAGGUUCAUCAAUUCUUCAACGAAUUAGAAUCUCACAAAAACACGCUCACCAAAUGCACCGACCUAUUCACCACACUCUCUAACCAUUUCUCCACCGUACAAGACUCAAUCUCCCAGAAACUCCAAACCCUAGAUUCGAAAUUUCAAUCCCUUGAAUCCCGCUCCAAGGAAACCCUAGAAUCCCUCGACAACCAAGAGAAUUCCAUCCCCGAGCGUGAAUCCUCCGCCGCUGCACGCAUUGAUGAGCAGAAGGAAGCCGCACUUGCUGACCUUUGUAACUCCGUUCCUAUGUCGACGCUCAAUAUCUCCGACGCGCUUAAAUCGUUGUCGAGGAAAAUGGACGCGUCCGCGUUGCUUCGGUUUGUGGUUUCGAAGAGGAAGGAGUCGAUAAUGCUGAGGCCGGAGAUUGUGGUGGCGAUAAAGGAGGCUGUGGACCCGCCGAGAUUGGUUCUGGAUGCGGUGGAGGAGUAUUUGAAGAGUAAAACUGAGGCGAAGUCUGGUGUUACUGAUAAGAGAUGGGCUUGUGGGCUUUUGAUUCAGGGAUUGAUUGCGGAAUCGAGUGUGUAUUCUAGAAGGAUUGUGGAGAGAGCUGCGGGGCUUGUGGAUUUGUGGAAGGAGCAGCUGGAUGGGGAGCACGAGAAGGGUGCUGCUGAAAUGGUGAUGUUUUUGCAGAUUGUGGCGUGCUUUGGGUUAAGGUCGAAAUUCGAUGAUGAGUAUUUGAGGAAAUCUGUGAUGGAGUUUGCUUCAAGGAGGGAUAUGGCCAAGGUGGCUGCUUCCUUAGAAUUUGGUGACAAGAUGAUAGGUUUGUUUCUUUUCUUUAACCUUUGCAUAUGCUUAGUGUUUUUUGAUUAUAUUAUCUAUGUUGGCUCCAUUCUUAAUCAAUUAUAUGAACUGGUUUAUCAUUUUGAGAUGUUGCCCGUGUAUGACUUAUGUCUGCUCUUAUUGGUCAAUUUGGUGCAUUUUGCAACAUAUCGGAAUUAUGAAAUUUUAUUCCUUUACCUAACUGCUAUAGAAGCUGCAAGUUUGCUGCAGAAUUUGUCCCUGGAUUCACAGCCCAAGACUAUUAGUGGAGAUGCUGAGCCUGUGAAGAAGAAUGGACCUAGUUUUGCUGGUAGUAAAGCUAAAGGGACGGGCAAGCCAUUCAAUCCGAAUCUGAAUUUUGCUCCAAAUGGAUACCCUUCUACUGCAUAUUAUUAUGGAGGUUAUGAUGGUCAAGGAGAUUGGAGUGGCUAUUCUAAUUAUGCGAACCUUGACGGAGGGAUGGCUCAAGGGGUUUAUGGGGAUAACUGCUCUUAUAUGUAUCAAGGUUAUGGAUAUACACCAUAUGGAGCGUAUGCUUCACCCAAUUCCUCCUCUCCAAUGGUUCAACAUGAUGGUCAGCUGUAUGGGCUGCAACAGUAUCAGUAUCCUUGUUCUUAUUACAACUCUCCAACUUCUGCUGAUGUGUUUGCUCCAAAUAAAACCAGUGUUGCGCAACGGGAAAUGUCAACUGCAGCUAAUGCGGACCGUGUUCCUUCUAAUGUUAUGAAUAAUGGAAACUCUGUUGGCAUAGUCAAUGGUGAUUGUACAAACCAAAGUGGGUUAAAGUCGUUUAUUACCAGUUCCCAGCACACAUCUUUGAAUACAAGGGAUUCUUAUCAAGGUUCUAGUUUGCCAGCUUGUGCCCCAUUGUCUAAGCUUGUACCUACUUUGGAGGAGUAUUCUUAUUACAUAGGCUUGCAUGUAUCAAAUCAGAUAUCGUUCAGUGGUUUAGAGGAGAUUUCUAAGUCUUGUGUCAUUGGAGAGGCUAUGCAUUUAAGAAAAGGGGAGAUUGAUGCUAAUCUUGUGACUAAAGGAGGUAUUCUUGGUCUACAUUCUAAGUUCUUGAUGGAGAAGCCUACUACUCUUGCUAGUGUUGGGGGUAUGGUCCCUUUCGAAGUUGUUCUCGCUUUGCUUAUCUAUGGUAAAGUCUUGUUCCCUAAUGUUGACAACUUUAUGGACAUCAAUGUUAUCCGUAUCUUUCUGAUUCAGAAUCCAGUUCCUACUUUUCUCGCAGAUACCUACUAUUUUAUCCAUCACAUAAUGGAGAAGAUCGGAGGAACUAUUAUGUGA